AUGAAGUUAUUCAUUGUCGUUAUUCUUGCUCUCACUCUUCUCCAACUCAUCAAUGCUGAAAUAUACUGUAACGAUCGUGGAGAAUGUGCUGGAAGUGGUGGUCCAGCUGAGGAUACUCGUUGUGGAGGAUGUCAUUCAUGUUCGUUCAAAGGCUGCUGCCAUGUCAGAUUCACCAAUCCGUACACUAAAUGUGAGAUUGAUGGGGCUCGUUCAGCCGAAUACAAGGCCAUCCAUGGAUAA